AUGGCUGUUGGCAAGAGCAAGAAAAUGGGCAAAAAGGGCGGCAAGAAGAAGGCCGUCGACCCCUUCACGCGCAAGGACUGGUACGACGUCAAGGCCCCUUCUCUGUUCGCAACGCGUCAAGUCGGCAAGACGCUCGUCAACAAGACCGUCGGCACCAAAAUUGCCGCUGAUGGCCUUCGCGGCCGCGUGUACGAGGUGUCGCUGGGCGACCUGAACCAAUCCGAAUCGGACUUCCGAAAGUUCCGUCUCAUCUGCGAGGAGGUCCAGGGCAAGAACUGCUUGACGAAUUUCCAUGGAAUGAGCUUCACCCGGGACAAGCUGUCAUCCAUCGUGAAGAAAUGGCAUACUCAAGUUGAAGGCAAUGUUGCUGUGAAGACGACAGAUGGCUAUUUGUUGCGCGUGUUCUGCAUCGGCUUCACGAAACGGCGCCCCAGCCAGGCCAGCAAGACCACCUACGCCAAGGCAUCAAAGGUGCGGGCCCUGCGCGCCAAGAUGAUCGAGCAUAUCCAAAAAGAGGUGACCGCCGCUGAUCUGAAGUCCGUGUGCGCCAAAUUGAUCCCGGACUCGAUCGGCAAGGACAUUGAGCGGGCUUGCUACCCAAUCUACCCGCUUCAUGACGUGUACAUUCGCAAGGUCAAAAUCCUCAAGAAGCCGAAGUUCGAGAUGGCGAGGCUCUUGGAUGUGCAUGGAGACCCCGUCAGCACCGUCGCCGCCGAUGGCACCAAGAUUGACCGACCGGCCGGAUACGAACCCCCAGUCCAAGAUGCCGUC